CCCACAGUCCCCUGAUGCGCCUGCGCUCUGUCAAACGAUGAGCCGCUUCGGGUUUUAUUUUAUUUUUCUCUUCUUGUUGAUUAAAUGUCCGAGUCUGAUUCUCUUCCUAUGUUUCGCCAUUUAUGUUUACAUCCACUACCGGACGCGAUAAAAAAAAAAAGUGGAGGGAGAAAUAAAGACGGAAAGUGAUGAGGGCUGCAGAUAAACAACAAACAGCGUCACGGCUCUCUCGUCCUUGUCACUGCAUCUCUGCAGGCGUCAGACUGCAGUGACAGGACUGUGCUGUUCCCGUUCCGGAGGUCGAGUCGAGAAGCAUCACCAAAACACCGGAGCGGUUACGUUACCGAGCGGCGAUAAGACGCAGGAGAUGCUUGAUAAGAGCCUCAUAUAAGCUCCGAUAGGGAACCAGGCGGAGGGUUUGUGCAGGAAAACUCCUCAUGAGCACCAGAGAAGGAGCUACACCAGCGGGUGACGUUAAAUAAAUACACGGGAGUAGGUCUGGCUUUAUGGGGAGGAUAUCAUGAAGAGGUCUGAGGAUCCUUCCCCCAAAAGUUUGUGCAUCUAACACCUGAUCUCCUCAAUUCUGUUCACCUCUGACAAGACAUAGGAGUGACCCUGCCGUUUGCACUGAUGGGUCUGAGUCUGUCACGUUGGUUUUGCAGCAGGACAGCCGACAGGCCUCCCUUUUCGUCAUCAGCAUUCCUCCCACUGGCCGUCCCAACCUCCUCCCGCCUUGCAGUUACGCUGAACUCCCCUCCAGUUUCCCCAGGAGACAGUCGUUCACACUGGAGCACAGUCCACCGUUCUCUUCACUUCCUGCUGUCCCCCUGCAAACAGGAAGCGACCCGCUCACCCGCUGAGCUUAGCAGCGAUGGCGUGAGGGCAGAGAUAGGAGUGAAGAGUGGACUUCAUGUCUGGGAGGUGGUGUGGAGGCCCGAACACAGAGGGACUCAUGCCGUUGUGGGCAUUUCGAGGCAGGACUGUCCCCUGCAGUCUUCAGGGUACAAUGUGCUGGUGGGGGCAGAUUCACAGUCCUGGGGAUGGGAGCUCAAAACCAAUCAGCUCUGGCAUGGUGGGCAAACUCUGAAGCUUUACCCAGAAAAUGGGAGUAAGAGGUGUCACUCUGAGGCAGCAGCUGAUUCAAAGUCACAGUCCUCCUCUUCAUCAAGUGCAAAGAUGGCACAAACACCUCUCCUCAUUCCUGAGCGUGUCCUGCUGGUUCUGGAUGCCGAUGCCGGGACUCUGGGUUUUGUUGUCAAUGGCAGCUUCCUUGGCGUAGCUUUUAAGGACCUCCCUCGAGAUGUGGAGCUGUUCCCAACAGUGAGCAGUGUGAGAGGAGGAGCCUGCAUUCGACUGCGCUACAUGAAUGGUUCUACACGAGAUCCUCCAUCCCUCAUGGCUUUAUGUGGACUGUCGAUUCGUCAGAAUUUAGGACAGAAAAGGUUAAAACAUAUGGACAAAUUGCCUCUACCCCCUUUUCUCCAGCGCUGCCUGGCUUCUAGUCAUUAAUCUUCCACGCAAACUGACAAGAUGGAUAUUAUUAUCAGUUACUGCAGUUUACCAAGGAUCCAUUCCCUUUUCUAUGAAAUACUGGCGUAAAUUCUGUAAAUCUUACAUUAUAUGCACUAGUAUAAUUAUUUUUUAUCUUAUUUAUUACAAAUGUGUAUGUUUAUAGAUGUUUUGUAAUAUUUUUAAAAGAAAUUUGGGGGAUUUAGAGGCAGUUCUGUGUGGUACAGGUCUGGUUUCUUCUUUUGUGUAUCUAAUAAAUGAGCUGUUUCAAGUGA